UACGUCGAGGUUAGGCAGCCUUCCAUACCGGAGAGACCCCGCUAAUCGAGUUGCUCCUCUCUGUGGUGCGGUGGUGGUGGUGUGUGGAAGGCUUGUUAGCGAGAUAAACAAGCAGCCAGCCAGCAGCACAGAGCAGUCGGAGGAACAUGGCGGCAGCACAGUUAGCUAGCAGUAUAUCUGUUUCCCUCAACAGAAGGUCAGACCGGGUUUAACACACGGGAUUUAACAGAGAACAAGCGACGGAAAGUUUCAAGUCACGCUGAUAUGCAGUGAGGAUGAGUGGCGUCGAUGAAAACCUCUCGGACCCUGCUGCCAGGGCCGAGUCACGGAAACGCAAAGAACGUUCCUCUGACCUACUGGGUCCCAGCCUCAAACGAAGCAACGAGAAGAGAAACCGCGAGCAUGAGAACAAGUACAUCGAGGAGCUGGCCGAGCUGAUAUUCGCCAACUUCAACGACAUCGAUAACUUCAACGUCAAGCCUGACAAAUGUGCUAUCCUCAAGGAGACUGUCAAACAGAUACGACAGAUCAAGGAGCAAGAGAAAGCAGCAGCAGCCAAUGAGGAGGAGGUACAGAAGGCGGACAUCUCAUCAACGGGCCAAUCGGUCAUCGACAAGGAGGCUCUCGGACCAAUGAUGCUGGAGAGCCUCCAGCUCUCCCUCCACCUGUUGGGGGAGGUCGGCUCCCACCUGCUGGGUAAAGUACACCCUCAGCUCCUGGGUCUCCUUCUCCCAGAAGGCCUUGGGCAGGUCGAAGAGUGUUUUGUCUAG